AUGGAUAAUCUUUACUUUCAAGCUAUCAAUGAUCCUGAUCUUCAUAUUAGCGAUGAUCCUGACUUUCAGAUUAUUGAUGGGGUUGAAACAAUUUACAAAGAAGAUCUAGAAUCCUUUGAAAAUAAAAGUGUAUUAAUUUCUUCUAAUGAUAAACUUCAAGAGAUUAAUAAUAAUAUUGCAAGCAAUUUAAAUGAAGAUACAAUAACCUAUUUUACUAAAGAAUUAGCAUUGAAGUCAUAUUAA